UCAAUUUUGAUAACGCAUAGUAGCUAAUAUAAAUUGAACUUUUGUGUUUCGAAUAAGUAUUACUUUUUGAAAAGUAACCAUGUCUAUUAUUAAUUAUACUUAUUAUGAUACUCCUGAUGGUCACGAUUUAGUAAAAAAAUUAUUUUAUACCAAUAAAAAAGUAUCUAUUAUAGGAUUUGGCCUAGCAACAUCCGAAAUUAUUCUUGUAAGCAAGCCUAAAGGAUAUUUGGAAACACUAAUAAGAUAUAACAAGUUAAUGACGCCUAUGUUUGCUGCAACAUCAGCUUUUUGUAUUUCAACUUACUGUGCUACUCAUAUACGAGAAAAAGAUGAUGUGUUUAACUAUGCGAUUGGUGGAUUUACUGCUGGAGCAUUAAUGGGUCCUUUUACAAAAUAUUAUUUAGUAUCUGUAUGGCUUGGAAUAGGAUGUGGUUUAUUUGGAAUGGUCUACAAGGAUUGUAAAAUGAGAAAUAUUGAACUAAUGCCCACAUUUCCUGCAGUUCGGCAUCAGAAACAUGGUGACUUUAGAACUCCCUACCGAAAUUGGACUCUGUAUGAAGAUCGACCCAAAGGAUGGGUAGCUGCUGAAGAACGUGCUCAAUAAAAAUAAAAAUUUCUUAAUUGAGUAAAUAAUGUUACAAGUUUUUGAAAUGAGGAAAUAACCUAAAAAAAAUAUCUUAAAAGUAAAAAGAACUAGCUAAAAAAAGACCAACAGGCUCAAUAACUAUCAACUAAACAUUUUGUGUAUACUUAUUUACUAUAAAAUUGUUUAAUAAUAAUAAGAAUGGAUUUUAUUUUAUCU